AUGUACUGGGCUGCUGGCUUCGCCUCCUCCCGGCCGUGUGUGGUCGAACUCGGGCGGAACCACAGCCUGCCCCUCGGGCUGUGCGCCUCCGAGCAGCAGCACUCUUUGUAUGGCUAUAUCAUUGCCUUCCCUCUGCAGGACUACGGAGGCAUCAUGUCGGUGCUGGGCUCGGACUCCUGGUGGAAGAAGACCCUGUACAUCACCGGGGGGGCCCUGCUGGCCGCUGCUGCCUACCUACUGCACGAGCUGCUCGCCAUCAGGAAGGAGCAGGAGCUGGACUCUAAAGAUGCCAUCAUCCUUCAUCAGUUCUCCAGGCCAAAGAAUGGCGUGCCCAGCCUCUCACCCUUCUGCCUCAAAAUAGAGACGUACCUGCGUAUGGUGGAUCUGCCCUACCAGAACUACUUUGAUGGGAGGCUGUCGCCGCAGGGUAAGAUGCCCUGGAUCGAGUACAACCACAAGCAGGCGUCAGGGUCAGAGUUUAUCGUGGACUUCCUGGAGGAGAAGCUGGGCGUCAACCUCAACAGGAACCUCACCCCGCAGGAGAGAGCCGUGUCACGAGCCAUCACCAAGAUGGUUGAGGAGCACCUCUACUGGACGAUAGCUUACUGUCAGUGGGUGGACAACUUGGAGGAAACCCAGAAGCUUCUUUCUAUGAGCGGCCCUCUGAGCGACACGCUAAAGUGGCUGCUGAGCCACCUGAAUGGCAGCAUGGUGCGCAGAGAGAUGUACGGCCAUGGCAUUGGACGCUUCUCCAAGGAGGAGGUCUACACCCUGAUGGAGAAGGACAUGAGGACUCUGGCUACACUGCUGGGUGAUAAGAAAUACUUUAUGGGCUCUAAGAUGUCAACACUAGAUGCCACAGUGUUUGGACAUCUGGCGCAGGCUAUGUGGACUCUACCUGGGACACGACCCGAACAACUCAUUAAAGGGGAGCUGAUCAACCUGGCUAUGUUCUGUGAGCGGAUGCGGAGGAGAUUCUGGCCCGAGUGGUUUGUGGAAGUGGAGGAUCUUUAUUACGAUGGAGACAGUGAGAGCAGCAGUGGCGGUGGUGGCGGCUCCCCUACUGGCCUGCUGGACUUUGGCCUCUUCUCUAGGACUGACACUCUGGACGACAGCGAUGGCAGCAGCCACUCAGCCAGGCACACCCACUCCCACUCCCCCGACUCCGACCACUCGCUGUUUGACUCGGAUGUGGGCACGGGGUCUGACAAUGACAUUCAGCUUAAGGAGGAACGAAUGCCGGACCUGGAGGUUUGACCUGAGAAUGGCUGUGGUAGGCUGACGGAUUGAGACUGACAGAAGGCUGGAGCAAUCGGUUUUUGCUUUAUAAACCUGGUUGAAAGAGCCUGUCCAGAUUCAGCUCUCACAGCUGAAGAAACUCUUCCAGCUCCUCCACCUCUAAUACCCAACAUGUUACAACUCCCUGAUGGAAAAACUGGGUAUUUAUAUGCAGAGCGUAAGAACUGAACCUCAUUAUGCACAUGCUACUGUACUGUUUGUCCCCUCUCGUGACAUCCAAACUGUCCCCAUGGCAGUCUUCUUUUUGCCUUACUUGUCUUGUCCUAAGAUGCAGGAGCUGGUGUGAAAGGUUAACACAACAGGAAAACGUCUCAUGAAAAGUGCGGCAACGCAUAGACAAGAGAGCGUUGUAGACAGGACAGGUGGCACGUCACUUGCUAUAAAAUGAUGCAACUAAUCACCAUUCUGCCAUGUGUCGUUACGCACAACCCAUACAGACAGGUGGAGAUUGAUCAUGUGGCUAAAAGGAACAGCUGCUGCAUCUCCACUACGAACCAUCCAUGUGCUGAAGAGGAAACACAGGUGACACAGAGCUCCAGUCCGUGCCCCAGAUUCAUCGUCAUGUCGUCUCCUCGAUGCUUCAAGAAUCUGUAUCAACACAAUGAUGCGUCUCCAUCAGACCAUGAGAUCCACUUGUAGUUCUACUGAAAAUGAGUCCGGAGAAGGGAUGAGCGGAAUCCUGCCUGUUGAAUUUACUUGUUAUGAAAAUGAUUUAUUAAGUAUUUGUUGGCACGCUGGGAUCAGGUGAGCCUGGGGGUUGUUGGUUGUCAGUUUCACCAUCCUUUAGGUCCACAUUGAAGAGCUGACAUUUUUCUAUUUUACCACUAGAGGGUGGCAGCAGUCUACCUGAUAUCCCCUUCAUCCUGUAACAUCAAGGUCAUCCCCCUCUGAGGACCUGCAGUGGAUUCAACUCAGCAAAUGAUUUCUCCUUCAGGCCUAAACUUUAAUAUUGUGGUUCCUAUUCAAGUGUGUGUGUGUGACUGAGCACAGCAACAAAUCAGCCUUAGUGCUCAGUAUCAAGGGUGAAAUAAUCUUUGUUGGAAUAUAAUUUCGUUAUCAGUGCCACUUGAUAAUUAUCAUUAUUAUUAUUUUUCUUUCUAUAAGAACAUAUGUGUCAAAAUCUAUAUUUUUUUGUUAAUAUUUAUUUUCUUAUUUCUCUCAAAGAGAAUGUUAUUUUGCACUAGUGGAAGUUUAUUUUCACCUUAUUUCAGU